AUGAACACAACACGAUCUACUGGACAUGGUACUGUGGAUGUCCCAUUUGACCAAGACACGAUGGAAUCUCUUCGCGAUAACCAAGGCCAAACAAAGCAUACGCCCAUGAAGCAACAUCAAAAUAAGCAGCCUGAAGAGAAAGGACACCAUGUUGGAUUUGGUCACACAACUCAACAUGGCCAUUCACCCAGAAGUAUCAAGAGAGAUUUAAAUGACAUUUAA